GUUUAACUCACGUAAAACGCUGUCGAAGUCGGAAAUCAUGAUGGCAGUACAGAAGAAAAUACUGUGUUUGAUUAUGAUUGACGAAUAAAAAUAAUUGAACAAUAACAUAAAUAAUAUCUUUUUAUUACUUUUUUCUCUUAUUGCGAGUUAACGUUUAAAUAAAUAUCAAAAUGGGUAGACGGUCAAUAAAUACCACGAAGAGUGGGAAGUAUAUGAAUCCCACGGAUCAAGCGCGUAAAGAGGCACGUAAAAAAGAAUUGAAGAAAAAUAAAAAACAGCGACAACUGGUUCGUGCUGCAGUUCUCAAAGGGAAAGAUCCAUCGCAAAUCAUUGAAGAAAUGGAGAAAAUUGAUCAAAUGGAGUACAACGUCAUGCAACCUCCACCUCUGAACGAAAAAGUCCUCAAAGACAAGAGAAAGAAGCUGAAAGAAACACUAGACCGAGUAUUAAAAAUGUAUGCCAAGGAUGAUCAGGAAAAAUGGACGGAACUGAAAGAACAGUUGAUCCAAUACGAGCGGAGAAGAAUAGAUCUAGUUUCAUACUUUGAAGCUGUUAGACACGCUCAGCAAGUACAAGUAGACGAAAUUCCAUUGCCUUCUGCAGGAAACGACAUAACACGGAUAUUUCCUGGUUCCCUGACGUCUCAGAUUCCCCUGCCUGACAUGCCACAACCUCCGGCUCAUAUGUUCCCUCCGCAUCCUCAUUACAUAGCCCAACAUCAUCCAUUAAUGAAUAUACCAAUACCACCGAGUAUAUUGAAAAAGACGAGUGCCUAUACUGGUCCUCCGACUAUUCCAACAUUGGCACCGAAUAAAGAACCACCAGGAGUUCCACCGUUCCCACCGCCUGAUCUCGGCGAGGACGAGGAGCUUCAGGAAAAGUCCAAGGAUUCGAGUAACAAGUCUCGAACGAUACGUUUCGCCGACGACAAGGAAGACAGCAGUAAGCAAGAGACCGAAAGCAAGGAGAAAGAGAAGGAAAAGGAGAAAGAGCGAGAAAUCGUGAAAGUGAAACCAACGACGUUACAGCAGAAAAUGUUGGCAAUGGCGGGCCAGGAUAUUGAUCAAUUUAUGAGGGAAAUGGAGGUUGUACAUAAAAAGCGCGAAACCGAGAGAGCGCAAGAUUUGAGCGCUAGGUUGUCACUCCUCGACGCUGAGGAUGGGAAAUCGGGUAACAAAGGGAAGAAGUCGGAUACUGAGAAUAUUGAGCCUCCGGGAUCUUCCGAACAUUCUUCGAGUCACGUCCAACAUUCCUCGCACGUGCAUCAUCAACAGCAACAACAUCAGCAGCAGCAACAUCAACAACAUCAACACCAACACUCUAUGCCACCGAUGGGAAUGCCACCUCCGCCGUUACUUUACAGGCCUCCACCUCCUCCGAUGCAUCUAAGAAUGCCGCCGCCUCCACCACCUCGCAUCGGGCUGAGGCUACCGCCUGGUCCUCCGCCGGGUAUGCCUCGAAUGUUACGUCCCGGUCCGCCCUCAAUGCCGCGUAUGCCACCUCCUCAAAUGCAAAUGCCCAAUCUUGGUGUUUUACCGAAUAUGUCAGGUUCACAAAUGCAAUCUCAGACCUCGAACUCUCAGCCGAAGACGCCGAAUGUACUUUCGGCAGCACCACAAUUGAUCAAUCGCAAAGACAAAGAUGGCAAAAGCACCACAACAAUUGAGGCUAAACCACAAAUCAGAAAUCUUGCUGCUGAUGUUACGAGAUUUUUACCAACUUCGCUCAGAGUCAAACGAGACGACAAAAGAAAACCCACCAACGCACCUAGAAUCGUUGAGAGAAUUAAUGAGACCCAGCCUAUUCGAGCUAGUCAACUCAAAACUAAGGACGAUGCUUACAUGCAGUUCAUGCAAGAAAUGGAGGAACUGUUAUGAAUCUUUUCGUUCCAAUGCUCUGUCGUCCUCUUCUUGUUUUUUGUCCGUCUUCAUGAAUUCCGGCACGAUUGCGUAUUGUGCGUUAGAAUACAUUAAAAAUUCGAUACAAACUA